AUCAGACUCUGAUACACACUUUAUCUUCUUUUAAGAAUGAGGAUACAUUUCACUGGAUGGUUAACACAGGACAGUCUUUGAGAGGCAAGUGUAUUUACACCUUGUGUUCUCACAACCAAGAUGGCCACUUUUGACAACAACAAGGCCAACCAAACCAAUGUCAGUGCCUUCUACUGUCAAUUUAAUGAAGAUUUUAAAUAUAUUCUCCUUCCUGUCAGCUAUGCCCUGGUCUUUGUGAUCGGUCUGGCGCUGAACACCACAGCACUGUAUGUGAUUGUGUUCCGCACAAAGCGCUGGAAGCCAUCCACCAUCUACAUGUUCAACCUGACGAUGUGUGACACACUCUACAUCUUGACUCUGCCCUUCCUCAUCUAUUACUAUGCUGAUGAGAAUGACUGGCCCUUCAGUGAACCGUUCUGCAAGAUUAUACGUUUCCUGUUUUAUGCCAACUUAUACGGUUCCAUACUGUUCCUGUGCUGCAUCAGUCUGCAUCGGUUCGUUGGCAUCUGCUAUCCAGUCCACUCCCUGUACUGGGUCAGCGCUCGUCGAGCCAGGCUGGUGUCUGUGGCAGUGUGGGCCUGUGUUUUAUUCUGCCAAGCACCUGUUCUCUACUUCUCAAGAACUAGGGAUGUGGACACUGAGCGGACCUGCUAUGACACCACCAGCCCAGAGCUCUUUGAUGAGUUCCUGGUUUACAGCUCAGUCGUGUCAGUGCUCAUGUUUGCCCUGCCCUUCAUGGUGGUAAUGGUGUGCUAUGGCCUCAUGGUGAGGAAGCUUCUUGAGCCCAGCUGGAGGUCUGAAGGGGGAACUGAAGGGGAGAGAGGAGGCCUGGCAGCCCAGCGGUCCAAGCAGAAGUCAGUGAAGAUGAUUAUCAUUGUGCUGGCAAUGUUCAUGCUCUGCUUCCUCCCUUUCCACCUCACCAGGAGCCUUUACUACUCUUUCAGAUACCUGAGGCAGGUCAAUCCAGCACAGGUCAGCUGUAAUUUGCUGGAGGGCUCUAGUAUUGCCUACAAGAUCACCCGACCUUUGGCCAGUGCCAACAGCUGUGUGGACCCCAUCCUUUACUUCUUGGCUGGGCAGGAAGGCCGCAGUAACCUCACCAAGAAGACCAAGUCAUCUACAUCAAAUCCUACAAGUGUGAGCCAGCGUUUGACAACCCAGCUCUGAUCCAAUAGUUGGUUAGUCUCCUCUGGUAGAUGUGACAACCCAUAACCGCUUAAAGACUGAACUUUUCAAUACAAUGUCAGUUGUCUGUUUAGCAAGCACAGGACUUCUGAGGGUAAGGUCUCUCCAUGAAGAUGCAAAAGUGUUUCCAAGAAAUAAUUAAACGUUUUUUUUCUUCAAGAGUUUAAUUUAUAUAGAUACAUACUAUACAUGCAUAGUAUUUAUUUAGAAAUUUCACUGGAAGUAAAUAGAAACAUUUUAGAAUAUUUAAAACCUUGUUUGACUGCUAAAAGUCUUAGAAUCACUCGUUUCAGGUUGGAGUUGUACAAGGUACAGUCAAGGACACUGCAUUCAGAUUUCCAUUAUUAACUAAAGUGCAUUGGUUUGACCAGAUAUAAAACAAGGGACAAUGCAGUUAUGAUGAUAAAAGGUUAUAAACAUCUAAAUCAUGUCGGGUCCUCCUGCCUUAAAGCAUUUAAAGGAUUGAAAAAUAGAAUAGAGAUCUUUUCUUUUAUAAUGUUUAAAAAGUAAACUAUUGACAAAGCUAAAGCAUAUGGUGCUUCACAGCUGGGGGUUUGCUAAUGAAUCGAUCGAACAACUGAUGCACGUGGUGUUUGUUUGUUUGUGUAGGAACAAGUUUUUCUCAGCACCACCUUCCUCUGAGCCACAUCUCAGACAGGUCCGUGUUACCCGCCCUGGUCAGCCACUCUGUGCCUUUUAAAGCUUGUUUUGAAUGUACUGCUGCAAUGUGUGCGUGUGCCUGUGUCACUUUGUGUCACAAAAUAUGAAGAAUGUUAUAAUA